UAUCAUAACCGCUAUCUGGCCACACUCUUAAAUUUCCAAAACUAAAAAAAAAAAAAAAAAAUAAAAAAAUAUACAAAAAUAGAUUGUUAAACAGCGUUGCAAGCUGCAGAGAAAUGCAAAAAGCGCCACCCUGGCAAGGUCAAGCUGCCAGCGAGGCAGCGCAGUCAGCGGCGGCGGUGAAAGGCAUAGACUACGAGAAAGUGGCCAAAAAAACACUGAUAAGGGGCGAGGACAUGUUUGCCCCUCGUAGGAUUUGCCUUUUGGGGGCGCUCCUGGGCCUGCUCCUCCUCCUGCUGCCGGGCAGCGAGGCCACGCACAUCAGCGGCCAGUUCCAGACGGCCGACUUCUUUCAGUUCCUGGUCAAGUUCGGCUUCAACAAGGCGGAUCCCCAGAGGAGGAACGCCUAUGGCUACAUCUACGGCAAUGUCACCUCGCCGGACAAGUACGCGGCUCCGCUGACGCUGGUUGUCCUGGACAGGAGCACCUUUGUGGAGUUCUAUGGGAACAGGAGUAACCGGAGCCGGGAGGUGGCCUGCUCGGGCAUGUUCUCGCGCCUGCAGAGGAUUGCCUACGAUUCCAGGUGUAAUCCGAGGGCCAAGAGGGACUUCUUGAGGCACGUGCCCUGUCCGAGAGGAGAGUUGUGUGGCGACGAGGAUGCGCCAAGCAAUGUGGUGCCCGGAUCGCAGUUUACCUAUGUUAUUAAUUUGGAGGCGGAACCAAGAUUCUGGUACCUCUCCCUGGUGGCCUGCUACCAAAACCAGACCACCUGCCAGUGGCAUGCCCACGAGAGCCUCCCGCGACUGAGCAACCAGAGCAGCAAGCUCCUCAACACCCUCGACUACGACAUCCACUUGGUUAACAUCCAUCCGAACCACUCGGCGGCCCAUCCGCUGACCUAUCAGUACUCGUACGAUCAGCAGAAUCUGCUGGAAAUGUACCUCAUCUUCCUGCUGGUCUACAUAGUCCUCCUGCCCAUGCAGAUCUACGCGGUGCGCCGGCAGAAGCAUCCGGUGACCAAGCUGUUUACGCUGAGCCUGCUCAGUGAGUUUGUCAGCUUGGCCCUGAUCACUGCCCACCUGAUCCACUAUGCGGCCAAUGGAGUGGGGGAGCCGCGGCUGCAGGCGGCAGGCGAUGUGCUGGACAUACUGAGCCGCACCAGCUUUAUGCUUAUACUGCUUUUGUUGGCCAAAGGAUGGGCUGUGACGAGGCAGCAGAUAAGCAGAACGGGAUGGAUCAUACUCAUGUCCAUCUGGGUGCCAUACUGCGCGUUCCAUGUGUUCUUGUACAUCUGGGAUAGGACGGAGGUGGAUGUGGUCUCCGACAUAGACGAGUACCAGACCUGGCCUGGAUGGAUAGUCCUGAUACUGCGCACCUCCUUCAUGAUGUGGUUCCUCUACGAACUCCGCAACACCAUGAAGUACGAGCAUUCCACUAAGAAACUGGACUUUCUUCUCCACCUGGGCGCCUCCAGCCUGGUGUGGUUCAUCUACCUGCCCAUUGUGGCCAUUGUUGCGCUGCAGGUCAGCCCCAUGUGGCGCUACAAGCUUUUGCAGGGUAUUACCAACUCGGCAGACUGCAUGGCCUACUGUGUGAUGACGGGCCUGCUGUGGCCGCACAGAGCGGGCCAAUAUCUGCUCCUAGCAGGCACUAAAUAUGCCGGCAUGGAUGAGCUGGACGAGUUCAACGAGGCUCCGCAUAUAGUGAGAGAGCGCGAAAGGCGUCGCAACUCCCCGCCCGACGACAUUUCCAUAGGCACAGGCAGCGGUGGAGGUCGCGGCAUGGUCCUGUCCACCAGCAUUCCAAAUUCUCUGAAUGGCGAUCUGCUGGAGGCCGAGGAUCUGGAUGCCGAGCUGCUCACUGAUCUGAACAAGAACAGCCACAUUGUGGCGUAAGAAGCGGGCUUAAUUCCUUAGCUGUAGUAGUCAAUUGUGCUAAAAACAGAGCAAGUGGACCAUCCCUUCACUUGCUUAUAGAGGUAGCUGUAUUGAGGUGGGUUGGGUUUAUAGUUAAGGAUAACAAUUCCAAACGGAACCUCUUUUUAGACUCCCACAAAACUAAUGUGACUAUAAAUUUAAACCAACCCCCUUCAAGCCAGCUACAAAACCCAACUUCGUGUAUAUUCCCACAUAGUUAGUAGUCAGCGUAACCUACAACGAAGUCAGAGCGAUUGUUGUGUGAUUUUUAUGUAUGUAUUGUGCUUGAAUUUACAAUUAGUUUCUAGUUAACGCCUAGGACAACAACGCUUCAUUCGGCAUCAAUCCAUUCGUUGCGGUAGCUAACAUUUUACAGCGGCAACUACUACCGUCUGCCUAUAAAGAUAAGGCCACAUCGACUCCCCCAACUAACCCGGCGGUAUUUUGAUAAGAACACAACUGAGAAAACAAAUAUGGAAAAUGCAAACUGAAAAAGAUAGUGGAAAUAAAUGAACGAUUUUUAAGAUAA